AUGAAUUCCAAAAUUAUUCGUUACUUAUCUCGUCUACAAUUGAUAUCCAAGCGAAAAUUGAAUGCAGCAUCUGUUGUUCCUAAAUCUACCAUUGUAAAUACUCCUUCUCAUGAUCGUCAAAUUGUUACAUCGCCGAAUACGAUUGGCGUCAUCUGGGCUGAGAAAUUAACAAGCAUAUAUCAUAACGUUUGGCUACGUGAUCAUUGUCAAUGUGAAGAAUGCUUACAUCCAUUGACAAAACAACGAUUAGUUCAUCCAUCGAACAUUCCACAGGAUAUCAAAUCGACAGCCAUCGAACAGUCAGAGCAAGGACUGACAAUUCAUUGGAAUCAUCCGACACAUACAAGCUUUUACGAAUGGUCAUGGCUACAUCGACAUUCGUAUAAUCCUCGUUUACAGACGACGCUUCUGCCUCAAAAAGAACUAUGGAAUUAUGAUAUUCAACACAAUCUACCAACGGUUGAAUAUCAAGCUGUCAUGAACUCUGAUGAUGGCGUCGCCGAAUGGACAUCGAAAAUUUAUCGAUACGGAUUUUGUUUUGUUGACGGCGUGCCUGCCAGCUCGGAAGAAACUGAAAAACUUCUCUCUCGAAUUGCUUUCAUACGAACGACUCAUUUCGGUGGAUUUUGGAAUUUUACAUCGAACUUAGCCAAAGCAGAUCUUGCUUAUACAACUGCAGCUAUCGAAGCUCAUACAGACACGUCUUAUUUUACUGACCCAGUCGGACUUCAAAUGCUACAUUUACUCAAAUUCGACGGUGAAGGUGGUAAAACAUUGCUAAUCGAUGGUUUUCGUGCUGCUCAAAUCUUACGAGAAGAAGAUCCAGCUGCCUAUAAAAUCUUAUCGACUGUUCGAGUGCCUUCACAUACCGUGGGCGACGAAGAUACUUUCAUUCAGCCGACAACUCCAAGUCCUAUUCUUGGCCACAACAUUUCUACCGGACAAUUAGAACAGAUUCGAUGGAACAACGGUCAUCGCAGUGUCGCAGAUCAAUGGGAUAAUCCCGACAAUGUGACAGGAUUUUACGAUGCGAUGAGAAAAUGGAACGAGAUCUUGACAAGAAAGGACAGCGAACUCUGGAUACAAUUACAACCAGGACGACCGUUAAUUUUCGAUAACUGGCGAACUUUACACGGUCGAUCAGCAUUUAGCGGAUGCCGACAAAUGUGUGGCGGUUAUAUCAAUCGAGACGACUACAUGUCACGAUUGCGAUUAACAAAUCUCGGACGCGAGGAAAUUUUGAAAAGAUUGUUUUGA